AUGAUUCAUUUUAAAAAUAUAUCUUGCUGUAAACGAUUAUAUCUCAGGAGGAAGAUAACAUUAAACAUUUAUAAAAAAACAUUUGUUCAUUUCUCAACUCAUAUGAAUGCUUUAAAUAAAUGUCUGGUAACUAAAAGAAUAAAUCCUAUGUCUUUUUGUACGACAAAAAAUACCGAUUAUGUCAAUUAUAUGAAUGAAAUAAAUAAUUUUAUUGAUAUAUUUCAAAAAAAUUCAGACAACAGUUCCUCCAAUGAGCAAAAUAUCAUUUCUAUAUUACAAAAGAUAAAAAGUGAAAAAAAAUAUGAAACAAGCGAAGAUAUCAUGGAAAUUAUAAGUAGCAUAAAAUUGUUAAUAGAGAAAAGAGUUCGUCCAAUAAUUGUAAAUGAUGGCGGAGAUAUAAAAUUUAUUUGUUUCGACGUAGAUAAUGGCGUAGUUUAUGUGCAAUUGGAAGGAGCAUGUGUUACCUGCUCACAAAGUGAAAUAACGCUGCAAUACAUGAUAAAAAAUAUGCUAGUAUACUACAUAUCUGAAAUUAAGGAAAUUAAAAAUGUGUCAAAAAAUGGAGUUAUUCUUUAG